GGAGAGAGAAAAAGCGAGAGAGAAGGUCAUGGAUGGCUGGAAGAGUUGGAAAAGGGCGGAGAAUUCGUUCCUAACGGCUUGGUACCAACGUGUCAGAGAGUCUUACGUGGCGGCAUGGUUCUUCGGGGUGUUUCAGAGCAGCAGGAUGUCGACGAGCACCGCCACCGGAGGAGGGGGGUGCGGCGGUGGCGGAGGAGGCGGCGGAGGAGGUGGAGGUGGCGUUGGAGGUGCCCUGACAUUGAUGGGUUGUGUCAGGGAAGCGUCGCCUCCGCCGCAGAAUCAUCAUCAUCACCACCACCACCAGAAUCAACACCAUAGGACGUUGGGAUUGGGGGAGUUCUCCGCACAGAACAGCGUCGAUCCUCUUCCGAAAGAGCCGAAGAAGCGACGUUUUCAUCCCCUACGCGGCUUGAGGAAGAUCUUCCGGCGGAAGAGCAGGGGCGCAGCGGAUGCAAGACUGGUGUCUAGCAAUGCCGACCGUGACGCGGAGCUUGUUCGACUCCCGAGGGAGGAUAUCACCGAUAAACAUCCCGCGGGACGUCCCGAGGAGGCGAGAAGCAGAAGCGCUAGCGAGCUCCUCACAGACUCCUGUGAUCGAGAGAGCGUGUUCCUCAGGAGGACAGGAAUGGAGGAUUCGUUCGCGAAGCUGCGAGGCGGCCCAGGAAAAUUGUCCGUGUCCCACGACAGCGUUUUCCCAGGGGAGGUUCCUCACACUCGACCUCUCUCGUCAUUGGCCAGCCUGGCUACCCUCGAGCGGAGACAGACGAGGAAGAGCCACGAGAUCGAGCACAAGGAGUACAGUCAGCACGUGGUGCAGAGGCACAGGAUAUCUCCUCGGGUGCUCGAGCAAAUAAAGACGGUCAUAGAGAACCGGAACCAGCUAGCCUCGGCGACCUCGCCGGAUACCACGAGCACCGCUGUACACAACCACUUCAUGAGCUACGAGAAGCAGGAGAGAAGCGACGAGGAGAACCAGGUAAAGAGCUCAAAAUCGGCAAAGGACACGGCCGAUCGUGUUAUACCUGUGGCCAAAGAAGACUUACCGCAACUGGAGAGCGCCAGCUUGAACCACACAGCGGCCCAUCACCGGAUUUCGGUCAGACCGAAGAAUCGAAGGCCUCCGAGGCGUUCUGGCUCGCAAGCUGCCAACACAUCCACGUCGGCGAUCACCACCAUCGCGGAGGAUUCGUUGGACAGCCUGGGCCAGCAGGCGAUCAGCGCGAACAGCAACGCGUCCCCGCCGACAGAGUCGAAGAACGUGUCUAUCACGAGGAAGUCGUCGAGUCGGUUGUCGCGUACCUCGGACAUCUACGAGGAACUGGAGGCGAAAUUACCGAGGAAACCAGCCAGCGUGGCGUCUCUGUCGCCAGACAGCUUGGACAACGUGACGACAGCGUCGAGAAACAGCGUGGAGGUGAACGAGGAGCAGCCAGAGAUCCGAUCGAUCGUUCGAAAGCCGUCGAAUCGGGUGCCAAAGAAUACGGAGAUGUUCGAGGAGCUCGAAUCGAAGCUUCCGCGAAGGAGAUCCUCGAACAGACUGUCCAAAUCGCCCGAUAGUCUAGAGGUAGCUUCCUGUUGGUUCUCAAAGUCCACGGAAGGUUUCGAGAAGCUGAUGGAGUACGAAGAAGCGAAACCAGUUGCCAGAAGACUGUUGAACCCGAUCUCCAAAUCUACCGAUCGCGUCUCCAAGUCUUCGGAUAGCUUGGAAGCUAUCGAGGCUCUUACCAGUGACGAAUCUAUCGAACGUAGGAGAAGCAGCUUCGAGUUCCGCGCUCGUAGAUCGUCGAAGAACAUAUCUAAAUCUUCGGAGAGUUUCGAAGUGCUGGAGCAGACACAGACCGGCGGCGAGGCCGUUCAGGAGCUCCAGAAGAGGAGCAGUAUCUCGGAUAUCAAUUUAUCCAGAGGCAGAAGACUGUCGAAGAGUAUAUCUAAGUCGUCGGAGAGUUUCGAGAGGAUCGAGAUGAACGAAGUGAAGGACGAGGAGGAGAGCAACAGAGAGAGCUUCGGGAAAUGCUGCAGAAGGUCGUCGAAAAGGAUGUCGUCGGAGAGUUCGGAUAAUUUGGAGCUGGACGACAGGUUGGAGAACAGAAGAGUCAGGAGAACGCCUAAGAGAAUACCAAGUACAAGUUACGUGGACAUUGUUCCAGCUGACGAUCAAGAGGAGGAGAAGAGGCAGGUGCCGGUUAGAAAGCCGUCGAGGCUUCAGAAAUCGUCGGAAAGCUCUGAGCUUGGUAGUACGGAUACUUUAGACUCCGAGAGGAGGAACAAGUCUUCGGAGAGUACGGAGACUCUAGACAGUUUGGAGAGAGAUUUGGAUCAGGAAAGGAAGCUGGAGGACCUUUCUGACGCGGUUGCCGACAGACGCGAGAAAAACGACUCUUGGACAACCAACAAGCACACCAUAGUGACGUCUCAUUCGGAUCAAAUCUCCGUGGCAGACGGCACGGAGGACUCAAAGUCGUUGAUCUCGCCGGAGAAGUUUUACUGGCGCCAGUCGUCUGAAUCAAAGGAGAACAUCGACAUCCAUCAACUGCUAGCCAUCACGAUAGUUACCAGAAUGGCCGACAACGGCAACAACCAACGAAGCUCUGUGAUUUAUCCUAAGAAGAAGCAACAGAUCACAACGUCGCAGCCUACCUCGCCUGUCGCCAAGCAAGAGGACAACAAGAUGAUCUUCGACAAUCUACUCGUCAGCAAAAACGACGAGGAUCUACAGAACAUGUUGAACGGCAAUAUAUCCGAGGUGUCUACAGACACGAAGAGUUUCAAGGAGAAAUUGAUCAUGUUCGAGAAACUUGGCAAAUGAACACUGUACACACAGACACCACACACACAUAUAUAUUGUACAUGCGUAACUCUCUAACAGACAUACACUGUUCGAUUGAUUUUGGCCUGUUGAAUUGGGGGGAAAAAAUAGCUGACACGAAAGAGAGUCUGUGAUCGAUGCUUCUUUUUCCCCCCUGGUAAACGUUUUCUUAUAUAAAUUUCAUUUGUAGACUGUGGAGAACAGCAGGCUGGGAGGCGUUUGAUCACGCUCGAACCCAAGGGACAAUAACGUAUAAAAUUCUUUGCUUCAGCGUUUUCUACGAUACUUUUACACACACACACACACACACACACACAC